UGCGGAAUUCCAACAUGAUUGCAGACGUCCUUGGAGGGGAGGAGCUCUUGCAGACACCAGCUGAAGCAAGACGCCUCACAAACCAAAGUUCAAGCCAUGCAUCACCUCUGUGUGCAGAUCUCGUGAUGAUCUCCAUGGAGGCUUGGGCGCUCAAGGCAGAAAUAUGAGCAGCAUCUCCCCCUGUUGUCCAGCUCUGACAAUGCAGCGCUCUGCACCAUGAGGAAGGCGACACAUCUCCCGUUCUUUGUGAGCUGAUAUCAAGUAGACAGACACCUUCUGAAGUUUUGUGCAUGCUGUGCGCUUUUUUUCUUUGCUGCAACAAGAAAAGCCUUUUCUUUUAACCUGGCUUCCUUUGAAGAAGUAACUCAGGAAGCUUCAUGGCCUCUCAAGAAUCUCAGGGACAAACCAACCCCAUCUUUAAGGAUUACCUCCCUGGUUCUUCUGACAUUCCUGAACAGAAUAAGCCUGUUGAACCUACGAGUCUCUGGAAGCAAACAUCACACACUCAUAACUUGCCACCUGGUCUAGAGUACCUGAACCAGCUGGACCAGAUAAUUAUUCAUCAGCAAGUGGAGCUUCUGGAAGCCAUACUUGGCACAGAGACCUCCAGCAAAUAUGAGAUAAAAAACCAUUUGGGACAAAGAGUUUACUUUGCAAUAGAAGAAAAUGAUUGCUUUGACCGUAACCUGUGUUCGCCUAUAAGGUCGUUCACCAUAAGGAUCGCGGAUAACAUGGGCCGAGAAGUGAUUAGAGUGAUCAGACCCUUGAGAUGCAACAGCUGCUGGUUCCCCUGCUUCCUGCAGGAGUUAGAAGUUCAGUCUCCACCAGGUACAACAGCUGGGUAUGUUGUACAGAACUGGGACCCUUUUCUGCCAAAGUUUACUAUACAGAACCAAAGUAAAGAAGAUGUACUAAAAAUAAUUGGCCCAUAUGCAACCUGUGGCUGUUUUGAAGAUGUUGACUUUGAGGUAAAAGCUCUCAAUGAGAUGACAACAAUUGGCAAAAUUUCCAAGUACUGGUCUGGAUUUGUAAACAACGUCUUUACCAACACUGCCAACUUUGGGAUCCAGGUCCCUGUAGAUCUUGAUGUGAGAAUGAAGGCAGUAAUGAUUGGUGCUUGUUUCCUCAUUGACCUAAUGUUCUUUGAAAACUCUUUGGAUGGAUUAUAACAAGAUGACAGAAACAAUGAAAUAUGCAGAAUGUGUUUCAGCAGGUAAAAAUGAACAUAAAUUGAUCGUCUUGCUUUGAAGACUUAUACAUUAGAUACUUUCUAAUUCUUUUUCAUUUUCUUCCAGAAAUCACUUCAGCUUUGGACGUGAUUUUGAACUGCAAAAAUCCUUGUUCCUUAUAGGAAAAGAUAGAGAGCUAAUGAUGAUGUUUAUUAAAAUAUGUCUCACGUAAAUAAUAAUUCGCCACUUACA